UGCUGCCUGCGAGCAUCCGUUGUGUGUCACCGGCAGCAUUAUCAUCCUCAUCCUCUCCACACUCUCCAUCCUCGUCCUGUGUGCACGGCUGGGGGGGUGGCAGAGACGCCUUGUCGGACGUAUUGGAUCGUAACUCGGGAUCUUUUCUUUUCUUCCUGUUCUAUGCAGAUUAUUUAAACCGAGACGGCCCUCCCUCCCCUCCCCUUCUUUCCCUCCCUCCCGUCCCUUCUGCGUGGAUGCUCGACUCCUGGUGCACGCGCAACAUCCACGAUUGAACAAGAAGGAGGGUGGGGGGGGGGGGAAGCCAUCACGAACGUCCUUGCCUUGGAUGGACUGCUCUUUCGCCUCCGCGAUCGUCUCCACGACAUAGUGGGCUCCUCUUGAGUCAGAGAAGAUGGCGGACCGGGCUGAGAUGUUCUCCCUCAAUACGUUCCACUCCCUCUCUCCUCCGGGCUGCAGACCAGCCCACGACAUCAGCCUGGAGGAGUUUGACGAUGAAGAUCUCUCCGAAAUCACAGACGACUGCGGGAUCGGCCUCAAUUACGACUCGGAUCCCUAUGAAAAGGAUGCCCUCAUUCUGGAGAAGAACGACAUGCACCACCCGGUGUGCUCCUUCCAGGACGACUUCCAGGAGUUUGAAAUGAUUGAUGACGAAGAUGAGGACGAUGAAGAGGAGGAGGAAGAGGAUGAAGUGGACCCCGAUGCGCCGCCAUCUCCCUCAGUGUCGCCUCCCCCCUCACCAAUUCUCGGCACCCUAAAGAGCAGACCCACCACGCUAAACCUCACCGCGGCUGUGUCGCAGGAUUCUCUCAACAACAACAGCAGUCUGUCGCCAAAGAAAGGAAGCUGGCAAGAAUCGUUGCGCAACCCCAUUUCACAGGGCCGCACGAGUCCAACCCGCUCAUGUCUGGAGGAUGGUAGCCACGUGACAGGCCAGUGUCCAGCCUCAUCGGUUUUCGAGCCCCCAGGGUCCCAGAGUCAAGGUACUCCAGCAAAACAAGCAGGGGAAGGUGGGAACCGCCAUUCCCCUCACAGGCCCCUCCUCUCUGACAUGGAGGGCAACAGGCGGGAGAGGCUUGCAUACGGCUCAUUUGGUCAACUUAACUCCCAUCCUUGCCCUGGGGAUGUCAUCCAAACAAAGGCCAAUCCUUCAGUUCACCCCACCAGAGUACCCUCUGUCGAUGAACAUUCCCAGUGUUCCGACACAGAGGUGGACCACGAUCUCAACAACGGCCACAACCACAAACACCUUAACCGGCUUGCCACAGACACGUACACAAUCACAAGCGAGUCUGGCACGGAAGCAGGGAAUGACCUGGAUCCAGAGGGAACCAGUCACUGCUUAUCAUCGACUGCUCCUUUGGGAGGCAAUGAUGGCGCCGACACCCCAUUGUCUGAUGACGAGCUCGACAAGGACUUUGAAGUUGAGUUCAUGUGCAAGGAGACAUAUGAUAUGGUGUGCAAGGAAAAUCCUUCAUCAUAUGUGGAGUUUCCAUGCAUUGAGCCCUAUGAGCAGGCUGCCUUCUCCAGCUGUGUAGCCUCCAAUCACUCAGAGGCUCCUGACCAGUCCAAAAGUUCAGAUUCUCCUGCCUUGGCAAGUCUGGUGGCUUUGGCUCAUGAUUCCCACUCUCCGUCGUCAGACCCUGGGAUAGCAGACAUGAACCAGCAAGGUUAUGCGACUUCAGACCUGGACAAGGAACUGAGCUCGCCAGGUUCUGACUCUGAGCUUGAUGAAGAAGUGGACAAAGCAUUUGCCUGUGAAGGUCCCGUGCACUCGAAUAUGAUCUCGUCUAUCUCAGAAACUGAGCUCGACCUGACUAGUGAUGAUAGCAGCAGUGGACGCUCUUCUCAUCUCACCAACUCCAUCGAGGAGGCCAGCUCACCCACAUCAGACCAGGAACUGGAACCGGAUACAGAGUUAGAGCAGGACAGUGGGAUUGUCGGACUCAAAAAGUCUCUCUUUUUGGGCCAGCCUGACCCAAUCAAAGAAGGGUCUCCCAUACCUUCUCCGUCUCCUUUACCCUCUCCAAUGAUCGCCACCCCAUCCCCCGUUGACUCCCCCGUUUUGCUACCCAAGUCGUAUGAUGGUGACCAAGCUCUGAUGGAAUUUCAGAACGUGGAUGUUGAUCUGUCUGGCGAGCACCAGGCUGACCCAGACGAGACUCUGCCUCCUCAACAAUGUGAGGACAGCAUGUCCAGACAAAUGGUGCUCAAGAUAGAACCUGAUCACAGCCUCGAGUGCUUCAAACGCUCCUUCUAUCUACCAGUGGGACCCAGUCUCAUGCCCACCACAGAUGAUUAUGAUGAAACCAGUGAAGGGGAUUCAGAAUCGGAAAGUGAGGAUGACCUGAGUGAAAACUCAGACUCACCCUGGCUGCUUAGCAACUUGGUCAACAGGAUGAUCUCAGCAGGCUCGUACCCAAUCAGCUGUCCUGAGGAGUGCUUCAAGAGGGAGGUGUCUGUGUCAGAUACCAUCUCACCAUCCUCAGAAAUUAGUGAGGGAGAUAGUUUUGCUGAUGAAGACCCAGAAAUGGUUAGAUCAGAGAAGGAUGUUGAAGGGCCCAGAAAAGUUAAGGCCGAGCUCGGUGAGAGAAUUAAGAUUUUGGAGUCUUCAAAUGAAGGUGUAGCCAUGAACUCUUGCCUCUAUAUGUGUAACCCCACCAGUGACACAAUCAAACCACUGAGUCUCGAUCACUGUGCAGAGAAUUUAAGAGACACCACCGAUUACUCCUCAUGCACUCCCAGAUUCUCCACCACAGGGAAGAACUUAACAGAGAAACUCUCCAAGAACACCAAAAGACGAGACGAAAGCGAGGAGCCCAAUAAUGACUUGACGAUACUAGAGGGAAGGAAGGACCUAGAUUCUCUGAGCCUUAGCGAGAGCAUCCUAAGCGACAAAAACAUCGGACGGGAGACAGAGCCCAGGACAAGUCGCUCAACUGCUUCCCUUGAACGAAUCACUGAAGUCAAACACAGCCUAACACUGGACAUACCCACUGCUCAGACCAACCGUUGCUUCAGCCUCACUUACUCUACGGAUAAUGACGAAGAAGAUGACCAAGGGGACUCGUACCCAUUCUUGGAUGACUUGAGGAGACGGUCCCACAGGGGUAGCGAUUUACAGCUCGACGGUUCACCUCCUGCAGAGUUCUCUGUGGCGGAUCAUCCCUGCCCUGACCGAAAGCUUCCACCGUGUGAGAAAGACCUUUCUCCAAAGGAACCCAGUGAAGACGAAGGACUGGCCUACGACUCUGUGAAGUACACGCUUGUGGUUGAUGAGAACACAACUCUGGAACUUAUCAGCCUUAGAAGGUGCACAUCUGUCCUGAGUGACGACAGCGACCUCUCCACACUGUGCGACGAAGAGCCUUUAGGGACAGGUCAGGUGGACUAUUGUUGCGAUGAUGAGGGAGUGAGGCCGGAGCUUCUCAGUUCAUCCGAAGGCUCUUCCCCUGAGGCGGAACUCCCGUUUUCCAAGAAGUUCCUCAAUGUCUUCGUCAAUAGCACGUCACGCUCCUCCAGUACGGAAUCUUUUGGACUUUUCUCCUGCACCAUCAACGGAGAGGAGCGGGACCAAACACACAGGGCAGUGUACAGGUUUAUCCCCAGACACGCAGAUGAACUGGAGCUGGACGUGGACGACCCUUUGUACGUGGAGGAGGAGGAGGACGAUUACUGGUACAGAGGCUACAACAUGCGCACGGGAGAACGCGGAAUCUUUCCCGCCUUCUACGCUCAUGAGGUCAUCAGUCACUCCAAAGAAAUAUUGGCCAUGAAACGUAACCCAGCGUGGAUAGAGACGUUCGACGUGCAGUUCUUGGGUUCCGUGGAGGUCCCUCAACAUCAAGGCAACGGAAUUCUUUGCGCUGCCAUGCAGAAGAUUGCACUGUCCAGGAAGCGGACGGUGCACGUGCGGCCCCCAUCCCUGUGUGAGCUGGAGAUCAGCUUGCAAGGAGUGAAGCUGAUCAUGAGUCUGGAGGAUGAAUACGACUGUCUGGACGAGUUUGACAGAUGCAGUCACUUCUUCCAAAUGAAGAACAUCUCCUUCUGCGGUUGUCAUCCGAGGAAUAACUGCUACUUUGGCUUUAUCACUAAGCACCCUAUGCUGAGCAGGUUUGCGUGCCACGUGUUUGUCUCCCAGGAAUCCAUGCGACCUGUAGCGGAGUGCGUUGGUCGGGCCUUCCAGGAAUACUACCAGGAACACGUGGAGUACGCCUGCCCCACCGAGGACAUCUACCUGGAGUAAGACGCAUUGCCUUGUACGCUCAUCCACUUUGCCAUCAGAGGGCUUCUUCUUCUUCGUCUUCUUCUUCUUCUUCUUCCUCCUCUGAGACUGGGCUCUUCAGUUCAACAGCAAACCCAUCUUAUUUCCAUCUCAAUGGAAUCGUUCCUUUGACCGUUUUCUACGAGACAAACUGAAAUCGCUGAGCUAUUUGAAGGUUCCUCUUCUGACAUGUAAAUCACCUACCUACCUACUAGUGACCAUUCACUCUCCCAACGCAUGGCUUGUAGGAUUUACCGUGCACAGCGACACGUAUUCAGGAACAUCGGCGAGCGGCUCGACAAGGUUUGUAAAUAUGUAUUUGUUGUAAUGUUCCAGGCUGCUCGGGUUUCUACAGGUAGUCACACGGCAGCAAAGUAGUGGCAGAGAGUGCAGUGAGCUUACCUCGGUGUCGCGUACAACGUGUGCUGUACAUAGAUGUAUAGGAAGUAGACGUACAAACCAACAAACAAACAAACAAGCGCCUCAUCCACACUUGCAAAGGGAUGAAGGAAGCUUGUGGUUGUUCAUGGCUGAGGAACAUGACGUCAAUAUCAUCAACCGAAUCAGUUUGGACAAUACCAAUUGGUAGUGUUAGGUGCCACACUGAAAAGAUGAAUUCAUCGCACAAUGACUAGAAAGAAGUCAGCAACUUAUGAAUAUAAAGUCAUAAUGUUAUGGGUGGGGAGGCGGGGGGGAGUACAGUUGACUCAUCCAAAUCACUUGUCUCUCAAAUCAACUUUCCCCAUUGAAAUGAAUAGGAAUGCCAUUAAUCCGUUCCAGCCACUCCGAAAUAUUUUUUUUUCCUAAUCUAUUUAUUAAAAAGAAAAAAUAGCACUGGACAGCAUUGUACUGUAUAAAACAUACCAUCUACUAAAAUAGAAUGUAAAGAAAUUUUUCUUUCAUUGCUAUGUUUUACUUCACUUUCAUUUAACUUAAUUUUUACAUUUUCCUUAAAUUAAGCAGCUUCUCCAUCUUUUCACAGACAGAGGGCAGCAGCUUAGAAGUUAUUUUAAAGCCCUUGGCUGGCGCUAGAGCCUUUAUCGACGCCUUCUCACUAUCUUUCUUAGGACCCGAGGUUUGAAAAAAGAAAGUUUCUCUUGAAACUUCCUUGUGAGACUUUUUAGGGCAUAUGAUAUAUAAAUUUUUUCUACAAAUCUUUCCUAGUUUUGUUUAUUAUGAUUGCGAAUUAAAAAAAAAGACUUAUCACAAGAUUGCAAUCUUAUUUACUGUAACAUUAUGAUUUUAUUUUCAAAAAAGUCUGGAUUUUUUUCCCCCUCACAUUAUGACUAUUCCUUCAUAAUGUAUCUUUUUUUCUUGGGAAACAUUUUUUUGCAUAGAUUCCAUUUAUCUUUAUUCAUGCAAGAUUGCGACGUUCUUCUCACAAGGUUAUGGCUUUUAGCAUUGCUAUUACAACAGUUUAAAAUGUGAUUUUUUUUGUAAUAUUACAUAUUUUCUUGUAAAAUUUAAUUAAUAAUAUUGCAACUUUUUUUCUGGAAAAAUAUGACAUUUUUUCUCGUAUGAUUACGACUUUUUCUUGAAAAGAAAAACAUUUUUGUUUUUCAUAUUAUGACUUUACCCUCAUACGAUUAAGACUUUUUUUUUACCUUUCUUGUAAGAGUACAACUUUUCUUUUUCCUCUAGCAAAUAGGAACCUUUUCUCCUCCCUAGAGAACGUUUUCCUCAAAUUCUUUUUUUUCUUGUAAUAUUACAUAAUUAAAAAAAAUCGUACCCUUUUCUCAGCAGAAAAUAGAACUUUUUUUGUUGUAAUAUUAUGACUUUUUCUUGAACAAUAGGACAUAUUUUUACCUAAUAAAAAUAUGACUUUUUUUGUCUCAAAAAAGUCUUGGUUCCCUAAAAAAAUUUGACUUUUAGUUGUAAUAUUACAACAGAUUUUCCUCGUAACUAUAGGGACUUUUUAAAAAACAAUCUGAAUUUUCUCUUGUAUUAUUACAACUUUUGUUUCCUUCUCAUGACAUCACACCUGUAUUCUGGCUGUACAAUUAGUAUUGUUUUCUCUUCAGUGUGGCCCUAAAACUUAGUUGGUUGGACCAUACAGCACACGCAGCUUGUGUUGAACUUUUGUUUCUUGUUUGUAAGCCACCCGAGAGGCCCACUGAAAAGCCAUAUUUUCACUCCCAGGACUGUUGGGGCGUGUAGUAAAAACGUCAUGUCUAUUGUUUUUGUUCUGAACAAGCUAAAAAAAAAAAAAAAAAAAAAAAAGUAGCUGGGCUUUUAGGUACAAAAGCGGACAGAAAAAGGGGUAUGGUUGUCACACGCGCUCUCAUGUUUUAUUUCUUGCUUUCUAGUGUGGUGACAAGGUCAUAUAAUCUCCAGUAUUUAACAUCUUAUAUACAAGAGGUGGCACAUAAGGAUUGCUGUUUGACAAUGUAUUCCAUUUCUUUAAUAUCCAGUUUAAGGUCCAUGUACUAGUACGCUCUUUGUCCUCACUAGUGAGACAAUUUAGCGCACUAAUAGAACGGCUAUCUAGGACAUGGUAUAAAAGCUCAGAUGGGUUUAUGAAAAUUGUGUUUGUCAGGAAAAAGGCAAGGCUUGGCCGUUAUCUCCAUCCAUCCCAAUGCUGUCAUUUAGCUGGUGUAUAUAAUCAUAGAGACUCCCAAGUAGUGUUGUGUCCUUUUUCUUCUGUCUGUUAUCAGCUAAUGACUGUGUCAUGGAUUCAAAAGAGACCACAACAACAACAACAAAACUACACAUUCAUGUAUGUGAUCUGCAAUAAUUGGAUGUUUCAACAUUUUUUUUUGGAAUUACGUUUAGGACACAAUGCGGUGAUCGGGUUAUUGUGCCCCGAUACAAACACACUCGGGCAAAAAUGGUUUUGGAGACAAAUAGGUGCUGCGUGGCUACCUUGCUAAUGGGAUAGGAUGUAUACAGUACUACGUACAUUAGAGGAAUACAGUGCAGUAUGUGACUGAGCAACAUAUCUUAUCUUUUACCUUUCAAAACUUGUACAUUUCAAGGGAGAAAAAAUAGAAUCUGCCUUGUCAUGAAUUAGGUCUUCAAAAUAAAAUAUAUGCUUGAUGUCCAAA